UGUGUGUGUGUGUGUGUGUGUGUGUGUGUGUGUGUAUAUGUGUGUUUGUGUAAAGACUGUGUUGCUCCAGCAGAGGGCGCAGCGCGGGUUCAUUAUUUUGAUCAUUAGCACUCGGAAGUGUUUGUCUCUAACAGCUGCUCCUCCUCCUCAGCUGUGAUGUUUGCUCAGGCGUGAUGGUUUAGUGCAGCGGUCAGCCGUGGCCGAGCGUGGGAUGUUACGCUGGACGGUGCACCUGGAGGGCGGCCCGCGGAGGGUCAACCAUGCGGCAGUGGCAGUCGGACACAAGGUCUACUCCUUCGGAGGAUACUGCUCCGGAGAAGACUACGAGACCCUGAGACAGAUCGAUGUGCACGUCUUCAACACGGUGUCUCUGCGCUGGACGAAGCUUCCGCCGGUGCGGACCGGAGGACGGGAACACGCUCGGGAAGUGCCCUACAUGCGCUACGGACACACAGCCGUGCUGGUGGACGAGACGGUGCUGAUCUGGGGCGGGAGGAACGACACCGAGGGCGCCUGUAACGUCCUGUACGCCUUCGAUGUCUGUCAGCACCGCUGGUUCACUCCUAAGAUCUCCGGGUCAGUCCCAGGUGCCAGAGAUGGACACUCAGCCUGUGUUCUGGGGAAGGCCAUGUACAUCUUCGGUGGAUACGAGCAGCUGGCCGACUGUUUCUCUAACGAGAUUCACAAGCUGGACACCAGCAGCAUGUGCUGGUCACUAGUGAGCACCCGGGGCACUCCGGCUCGAUGGAGAGACUUCCACUCUGCUACCAUCAUCGGCACCAAGAUGUUCGUGUUUGGAGGAAGAGCGGAUCGAUUCGGUCCUUUCCACUCCAACAACGAGAUCUACUGCAAUAAAAUCAAGAUCUUCGACACGGAGACCAACUGCUGGUUAAACACACCGUCUACACAGCUGCUGCCCGAGGGACGCAGGAGCCAUUCUGCCUUUGCCUAUAAUGGAGAGUUGUACAUAUUCGGUGGUUAUAAUGCUCGUCUGGAUCGACACUUCAAUGACCUCUGGAAGUUCAAUCCAGAGGCGUUCUCCUGGAAGAAGGUGGAGCCCAAGGGCAAAGGCCCGUGUCCCAGACGCAGACAGUGCUGCUGUAUGGUGGGAGAUCACAUCAUCCUCUUCGGAGGAACCAGUCCGUGUCCGGAGCAGGGGAUGGGCGACGAGUUUAACCUCAUGGACCACUCGGACCUGUACAUCCUGGACUUCAGUCCUAAUCUGAAGACUUUAUGCAAACUAGCAGUUAUUCAGUACAGUCUGGAGCAGUCGGGACUCCCUCAUGACAUCAGGUGGGAGCUGACCGCUAUGACCACUAACAGUAACAUCAGUCGGCCCAUAUUCUCCUCUCACGGCUGACAGCAGAACCCUGACAGACUCCCGCUCCACAGAUGAUUGACUUCGACCCGUUUGGAUCCAGACUGCAGA